AUGAACACGCUCUACGCCACCGUGCGCUACUGGCUGGUCGACCACCCCACCAUCAGCCAGUACGAGUGGAGGCCCCACCAGACCCCCGGCGCCUCCCCCCUCUUCGUUGCCGCCGCCGUCUCCGCCUACCUCGCCGUCACUCUCUCUCUCCACCGCUUCCCUCUUCUCCCCGCCGUCUCUCCCGGCGCCAUCCGCCUCGUCACCGCCGCCCACAGCCUCGUCCUCUGCCUCCUCUCCCUCGUCAUGGCCGUUGGCUGCGCCCUCUCCGCCGCCAUCCAGACCCCGGCCGGCCUCCCCUCCUGGUCCGUCUGCUUCCCCGCCGGCCGGACGCCGCCGCGCGGCCCCACGUUCUUCUGGGCCCACGUGUUCUAUUUCUCGAAGAUCCUGGAGUUCUUCGACACGCUCCUGAUCCUGUUGAGCGGGUCGCGGUCCCGGCGGCUGACGUUCCUCCACGUGUACCACCACGCGGCGGUGGUGGUGAUGUGCUACGUGUGGCUGUCGGCGGCGCAGUCGCUGUUCCCGGUGGCGCUGGUGACGAACGCGACGGUGCACGUGGUGAUGUACGCUUACUACCUGGCGGCGGCGGUGGGGCGGCGGCCGCGGUGGAAGAGGGGGGUGACGGAUCUGCAGAUCGCGCAAUUCGUGUUCAGCUUCGGGAUCUCGGGUUGGAUGGUGUAUUACCAUUUGAGCGGGUCGGGUUGUGAGGGGAUUUGGGGCUGGUGCUUCAACGCGCUUUUCAACGCCUCGCUUUUGGCGCUGUUUGUUAAUUUUCACCUCAGUAACUACGCCAGGGUAAAAAGAACGGGUCAGGAUAAGGAUAAGUAG